AUGGAAGGCGAUACAAAGCCUUGGGGGUAUAGAUGGCGCUCAUCGCGCCUAUUGGUGGUCUCGUCCAUUACUGUCGCUUUAUUUGCAGAGACAUUCCUUUAUGGAUUUUUGGCACCCAUUUUGCCGUACAUGCUUGAGGAACGAUUGAAAAUCGAUCCAUCAGAAACUCAGAAUUAUACCACGGCAUUGCUCACCAGUCAUGGAUUCAUUGGCCUUGUCUCUGCUCCGAUUAUUGCCCACAUUGCCGAGAAGACGCCGAGCCAGAAGACCCCACUCUUGUUCUCGCUCGCAGGAUGUUUUGUGGGGACUCUGAUGCUUGCUUUCGCCAAGUCUGUCUGGGUCCUCUUCGUGGGUCGUAUCCUGCAGUCUACGGCGGGUGCCGCCACUUGGGUAGUAGGCUUUGCCCUAUUAGCCAAUAAUGUGGACAAGAAGAAUCUCGGAAAGUCAAUGGGCAUGGCAAUGUCAUUCGUGACCGCAGGAAUGGUCGGCGGACCGACAGUGAGUGGUGCAUUGCUGCAGCUGUUCGGCUACUGGACAGCCUGGUCAUUUCCGUUGGUCGUGCUUGUCCUGGAUAUCAUUGCCCGCUUGGUCAUGAUUGAGCCCGGGCGUCGAUCAAGUGCUACCCCGAGUAAAUCCUCCAACGCCUCGACUCCGAACAAUGAAGAAGCACCGGCGGAAACCACCGCCCUGCUCUCUGAUCCAUCGCUCGAUGCCUGUCCUGUUGAGAUCAAACAAGAUCUCAAACAAAAGUACUACAAAGCCAUGCUUUCAGACCCUCGCGUCUUGACUGCCUUGGCUAACGUCGUAUUCACCUCCUCCCUCAUGGCCGGCGUUAGCAACACCCUUCCCGUUCACCUGAGAGAGGCGUUUGGCUGGGAGAGUCUGCUCGUGAGCAUGAUGUUCUUCUGUCUGCAGGUCCCAAACAUUGUUCUCAGUGGUCCCUCGGGAUGGCUUCGUGAUAAAAUCGGACUGCGAGGACCUACCGUUUUCGGUUGGGCUACGAUGGUCCCUCUACUCAUACUUCUGGGAAUGCCCGGGGACCCCAACUUCCCAUGGGCGGGAGGAGAUGCAGCUGGAAAGCCCAUCUUCACUACCAGUCUGUUUGGUUUGGGUAGUGUCUUACCACUUGUGCGUGGCGUGGGAGCCGUGCAAUUGGCCUAUGUGGUCAAGGAAUUGGAGGCUACGGACCCCGUUGUUUUUGAGUCCAACAGAAGCAACUUGAGAGCCUUUUCCAUGACUGAAGUUGGAUACAGCCUUGGAAUGAUGAUCGGGCCUCUGCUGACCGGCUCGCUGUUUGAAGCUGUUGGCUUCUUCUACAUGACUGUAGGACUAGCUACCAUCUGCUUCAUUCAGGCCGUAUUGUCGUGGUUCUGGCUGGAUGUCAACCCGCCACCUCAGGCCGCCGACGAAUUGGAUGGCCAAGAAGAUGCUUGA